UUUUACGUCAAAUGGGUUUAGAGAGUUGGCCCAGUUAAAGUUCGCUGCCACACAUGUCAGAGACGUUGUUUGCAAAGGCCAGAGUUUAAGUGGAGAUCUUUUCAGCUGCUCUUCUUCAGACUGUGCUAAAGUGCUGGAACCACUGCUGAAGGUAUGUGCUGUGAAGACCACUCCAGCUGAAGACCCCCGCUCUCUUCAGACUGCAGGACUACAUUUAUAACCAACCAGACAGAAGGCAGAAACAUGAGUUUGGCCUGCGCUCAGCUGCUCUUUGCUGCCACCCUGUGGAUACUGCCGUGUAUGACAGCAGCAGAGACGACGAGCAGCGCUGCAGAGGUGCUUCAUCUGAGCGAGGUUUCCCUGGUGGCCGUACUGAGGAACAGCAGCCACAGCAGCGCGCCUCAAGAGCGGCGCAAACGCUUCAUCUCAAGCGAAGAUAUGACGGCAAUUUUGGACUAUCACAACCGCGUGCGUUCACAGGUCUUCCCACCCGCAGCAAACAUGGAAUAUAUGGUGUGGGAUGAGAGACUGGCUAAAUCUGCAGAGUCCUGGGCCGCUCAGUGUAUAUGGGAUCAUGGGCCGUCUCAUGAUUUGCGACACAUUGGACAGAACCUGUCCAUCAUCUCUGGAAGAUACAGAUCAAUCACUGACCUGGUAAGAUCCUGGAAUGAUGAAAGGCACCAUUUCUCCUACCCCAGCAGAUGCAGUGGCUUUGUCUGCACUCACUACACUCAGAUGGUGUGGGCAACCAGCAAUUAGAUCGGGUGUGCUAUCAGAAGAUGUUCAAACAUGUAUGUUUUUGGAAGUAUGCGGAAACAGGCCACCUUACUGGUUUGCAACUAUUCUAUCAAGGGGAACUGGGUUGGAGAGGCUCCAUAUAAGACAGGAAAACCAUGCUCUGCGUGUCCCUCAAGUUACGGAGGAUCAUGCAAUACAAACCAGUGUGACUCCAGAUCAAAAUCCAGAAGAAAUGCAAGUUUCAGAGGCUAAAAAAGAAAGUAAAAGAAAGUAUGAUUAUAAAUAACAAGAAAUAAAAUAAAUAAAUACAUUUACAUAAUAGAAACCACUAAAACAAAUUUCACAAUGCAGAUUUUUUCAUGGUCAUUUUAAAAAACUGAACACCAUUUCAGUGCUGUAAAAUGUCCAAUUAAUCAAAAGUGUAAAUGUUAAAUUGAAAAGCAUGUUACCAACCCAUAGGUGUCAAUUUUGUAAGUUUUAAAUUACUUUAUUAAGCUUUUUAAUGUUUAUAAUUUGUUGUUUUUCAAUGCUAUAGGACUGUUUGCACUGUUUUACCUAUAAUUUGUUUGUACUAAGUUGUAUCGCAGUGACAAUUCACACUGGGGAUAAAGCAAUUUCAUUAUUAUUUUGUUCUUUUGUACAGGUAAUGCAUUUUCUUUAGAUUAGGAAAA